UCCACAUAUGAACAAAUUUUUUGAAAUGAUGGAAAAAAUAGAUAUGUUUGGAGUUUAAUUAACUCUUCUAACUAAAAAUAAAGAAUCUAACUUCUAAAGUAGAGUAGGAGGAUCAAUUUCAGUUUGUUUAGGUAGCUUAAGUUUUGCAUAUUUUUUAUUUGUUUUAGUUUAGUGGAUUAAUAAUGAAAUACCACCAAAUAUAAAUACAAAAUAAAAAACGACAGGAUAUGCAUAAUUUAAAUGGUCUGAACCCUUAAUUUAUAUUUCUUUAGAAGAUUUUACUUCAUCUGUUGAUCCUUUUAGAAUUGAGAAUAAUAUAAUAACUCCCUUAUUAUUUACAUUGAAAAAUGGUUAAAUAUACGAUAAACCAAUAGCAUUAUUUAGCGAAGAAUUAUUACCUAAUUCAAUAAUAUUAAAUAAUGGUACUUUAAUUUUAAAUAAUGGAAACAAAUAAAAUGAAAAUAAGGAAGAAAUGUAAGAAUAUUUAUUAGUAUUUGCUUCUUGUUCAGAUAUUUAUUUAAAGGAUAGAGGUUAUUGUGCUGAUGAUAAUUCUAUUUUAGAAUAUAUGUCUUAAUAUCAUGGAUUCUUAGAUAUAACUAUCAUUCUAAAUCAAUUUAAUUAUAAAAAUAAUGAAUUAGAAAAUUUUAAAAAAACUUAUUAUUAAGCUUUUAAUCCAUAAAAAUCAAUUUAUUCAUAAAUUAUGUUAAAAUAAUAAGAAACUAUUAUUGAUGAUGGUAUUUUAUUUAGCAAUGAAAACAAUUAUUAAUUUUUAAAUAAUUAUGAAAUAAUCAAUUAAGAAGUUGAUAAUAAUUUUAUAUCUAAUGUGAUAUAAUUAAUUUCUAAAAAUAAUGCUUAUAAUAUGAAUAUAUCUAGUUCAUUUUUAUUUAGAAUUGAUAAUAUAUCUAUUGUUGAAGGAGUUACUAUGCCGAAAUUGGGUGCAAUUCUUGCUGAUAUUGGUUCAAUAGUAUAAUUAAUAUUUUUUUUAUAAUAUAUCGCUUUUUAUUACAAUAACAUUUUACUUGAAAAUGGUUUACUUCAUGAUAUUGUUACUAUGUACUAUCCAGAAUUCAAAAAUUUAAAACCAAAUAUUUUUAAUUAAUAUAAAAUUAAUGAACAAAUUAAUAAAUUUGAUAUACCUAUUCAUACUUUGUAAUAAAAAUAUUCAAAUUUAUUUAAAGGAGCUAAAGAUAAAUGUAGAUUAGAUAAUAUACUCUAUGAAAUUUCUAGAAUUUAAUUUAUUCUUGAAUAAUAGUUUGGAAAUUCAAUUUUAUAAUAUAGUCAUCAAUUAGGAAAAAAAAUAACAAAAGAUACAUUUGAAUAAGUUUGUGAAAGUUUAUAAGAAUCUAAUUAUCUUGUAGUAAAACCCAUCAAUGAAAUUAAAGAAGAAAUUAAAUUUCCUUAUGAUGAACCAUUAGGAAUAUUGAUAAAACAAUUUUGA